AUGCAUCACUUCAUAAUUAUCAUUACUCUAUAUCUCUCAGCCUUGGUAGCCGGAGGCGGGAUCUUGUCGAAGCCCAAGCAAACUCCGCCCGAUGAAGGCAUACCCAUGACAGACAUGACACCUGGCUCUUCCGGAGGGACAUCCGGCACGAACAACGGCAACAAAGGGUCAUUAGCAUUACAUGACGAAUGCCGCUACCUUAAGGUCAAGAUAACCUCCCCUGAAGCAAGAGCAACAGCCUCAGCGAAGGAUACCGCCAAGACAGGAAAGGGACCCACUACGAUCACAACCCCAUAUCGUCAGGUCCUACUGACGGCCGAUUGCCGUCGGCCCAUGUCCGACCCCAAGAAAGCACACCCGGCCGGAGACUGGAGAGAGACGACACUGGACUUGGACAAGUGCGUUGGUUGGAAUGCACAGACACAGAAGUUGACUCCGGAGUCGGAUGGCAAGGGACUCAUGAAGGGUGACUGCUGGAAUUGCGACUAUUUUACUCAAGUCAUGGGCAAAUCUGCGAAGGGGGAAUUCGAAUGUUAUUGCGAUAAUGUCGACAACAAGUCGAAGAAGAAGAUUCCCCACUCGAAGGACAAGGCGCUUAAGGUUAAGUUUGAUCUUGAUGCUGUGCUGUGGUCAAGGGAUGGCCGUCUCAAUUGCCAUAAGCAUAUGGGGUCCUGA